UCAAAACAAAAUGGCGGACGAAACAUCGAGAAAAUAGGAGAAAGUGAAAGUGAAUCAAAAGUUACUCAAUCAAGCGUCAUUUAUUGUUUUUCAAGGUUGGUCGUUUUCAAGGGAUGGGAAGGCGCCUUGAUUGUCUCUACUAUUUACUGUAUUAACACAGCUAGUCUCAGUGUUUAUCGACUGACAAGGACAAAAUGAAUCAAAAAAGGAAAAGGCCCCACGAGGACUCCUCCGGCCAAUCUUCAAACUCUUAUGCUCCUCAACAUAAAAAGGUGUUCGUUGCUCCGAAAGGAUUGUCAAGCUCUGAAUCUGAAGAUGAAUCAAACUCGCCAAGCCUAAAUACACCAUCAUAUGCAGCAUUUUUAAUGCGGGAGAAUAAAGAAGAAAAUGAGUCAAAAGAACAAGGAACGUCAGAAACGCAAGGCCAGUACAGUUCCUUUGCGCAGCGGCAAAUGGAAAGUAUGGGGUACAAGGCAGGAGAAGGUCUUGGCAAACGUGGUCAAGGGAUGUCAGAUAUUCUUGAUACAACGAUGCGCAGAGGGCGCAGAGGUCUUGGUUUUGAAAUAGAAGGCUUCGAUGAAGUAAAAACUCCUUGGAUAGAGGACGAGGUAGUUAUAGAUGAGAGACGAGAAGCAAUUCCAUCGUGUGACCUACCCCCACCAACAGAGGAGGAGAUGCAAAAUUGGUGCCAAAUCGGCAAGAAAAAACUAACCAUAAAUGAUGAAACAGAAUUCUGCAGCCCUGAAGUGUUAGAAGAUAUACUUUCAAGUAAAAGUGUGUUUGAUGCCCUAACUGGCAUGGAGUUUCUCAAAGCAAGGACCAGAGCAAACCCUUAUGAAUUCAUCAAGAGCGCUAUAUUCCAAAACAGAGCUGCUGUGAAGAUGGUGAAUAUGGACUCUGCAUUUGAUUUUAUGUUCACUAAUCCAAGGAACAGAAAGGGGGAAGAAAUUGUUGGCACACAUGAACUGCUGUACUUUGCAGACAUCUGUGCUGGUCCUGGAGGUUUCUCGGAGUAUGUCUUGUGGAGAAAAAAAUGGAAAUGUAAAGGAUUUGGCCUUACGUUAAAAGGAGAUUGUGAUUUUAAGCUUGAAAACUUCCUUGCUGGAACUCCAGAAACAUUUGAACCGCACUACGGUGUAGGAGGUAAGGAUGGUGAUGGUGAUAUCUUUAACGAAGACAACCUCGAAGCCUUUAAGGACUUUGUGAUGGAUUCAACAGAUGGGAAAGGUGUUCAUUUUGUGAUGGCCGAUGGGGGAUUCUCAGUUGAUGGACAGGAAAAUAUUCAAGAGAUUCUCAGCAAGCAGCUUUAUCUCUGUCAGUUUCUCUGUGCCUUGUCUAUUUUGAGAGAAGGAGGCCAUUUUGUCUGCAAGCUGUUUGACCUUUUCACUCCGUUCAGCAUGGGACUCAUUUACUUACUCUACAGAGCAUUUGACGAAGUCUUUAUUUUUAAGCCAGUCACUAGCAGACCAGCAAACUCUGAGAGAUACGUGGUGUGCAAGUUCUUAAGAGAUGGUAUCUCAGAUGUCUAUGACUACAUGUUCAACCUUAAUGUCAGGAUUAACAGGCUAAAAGGCACAGACGAAGAUGUUAUGCAGGCUGUUCCCUUAGAAAUCAUGAAGUCUGACAAAGCUUUUUUUCAGUACAUGAAAGAAUCCAAUGACAGGAUAGGUAAAGUUCAAACAAACUCUUUGAGAAAAUUGCGAGCAUAUGUUCAAGAUCCGUCUCUAAUGGGUCCCUACGAUCAGGUAGAGGUGCGGAAAAAAUGUCUCAACCAGUGGAAGAUUCCGCUGCAAGCUCGUUCAAGUGCUCCAGUCAUAGACCCAGAUGUCAAAUUCCAUGAACUUUGGAAGGGUAAUGAUGACGAUAACUGCUUAUCUAGUGAACCAACACAGUUGACCCAACAAAACUUGCAAAAUCUGAAAUACCUGUAUGACUACAAGUGCGUUGUCUCAGGAGGCGAGAGGUAUUUUCUUCUUGGUGUUGGGCGUUCAGUUGUUUACAAAUGGAAUGGUAAACCAAACUACAGUGGUUCUCGGUGGUCGAAGCUCGAUAAAUGUACUACAGCGAUACCAAAGGAUACUCUUAUUGACGCUGAAAUUGUGUCAGAACUACAAGGAGAGGGAAAAGGUCAGCGACGUUCAACAGCAAUCCAUAUCUUGGACGUCAUUGUGCUGGGAGGAAUUGAUGUCAGGGAUAAGCACCAAACAGAGAGGAUAUCCAUGGCUCAGUUGUUUGCAAAAGCAUUAAAGAAACCAACUCGUCAAGACUUAGUGCCACUUCGUGUCAAGCAGUCUUUUCGCCUGGAAGCGGUCAAAGACAUCUUUAACAAGUUUGAGAUGCGAUUUGUGAAAGGUAGAAGAGAGCCCAGAGAAUGUUUCUCCAUCGACGACGAAAAACACUUUAUUCCCAGGGGAAUUUAUUUUACUAAACAUAUACAAGAACCUUGGACACAUUGCUUCAGCAAGUCGCGGAAAAUGUUAUAUUUCUACAACAAGCAAAAGAGAAGUUCAACUUACGAAUGUCCAAAAGACUCAAUCGCAUCAUUCAAGACUUCACUCAUGAGUCGCUAUCUAUGGUUAAUGGAAGAAAUAGAUGUUGAAUUAGAACACGGGACUAGGUUGGAACGAAGCCAACUUCUGGAAUUUAUCCAAACGACACAUCGAAAUCUUGUUGGACAGUAAAUCGCAUUCAAAACAUUGUACUAACGUUAUUUUAUUAAACCUAGUUAUGGAUAGUGACGCAAGCAUUAGCAUAGCAACAUACACACACGUCGCAGAUAAUCAAGAAAUAGAAAACGCGCGCGCGUUCUGUGUGCAGUUAUAAUGCUUUAUAACUCCACACAGCACAGCAAGCAAGUUUUAAAUUUUUUUUAAGGGCAUAAGCGUGCUGUGUGCUCUCAUAGAGCACGC